AAUCUAAUGUUUUGUUUUUAUUAAUAUUAAUCCCACUAACGUUUUGAUAGUUUAGCGUUUAAGUACGGUAUUUAAUAUUUUCAUUUGAUAGUGAUUGUAGCAGAUUGCUGAAGGCAGAUUGAAUUUAAGUCAGCGGAUCUAUAAAUUAAGUAACUAGUUAAAAUAUAUCUGUACGUUUUGAGAAUUGUCAGUAAUUCUACGAUUUUUAAAAUGCAAGGAUUAAAGAAGGUUUCUCUCACCCAAAUGGCGAAACUUUUAGGGCUAAGGUUACAACAAAGAUUUUAUUCUGUGACGCCUGCAGAGAAAAAAGAUUUUGGAGUGGACAUGAAAGGACAAAUCGAAGGCCGGCCUCUAUAUCUUGAUGCACAGGCAACAACUCCUUUGGACCCAAGAGUGUUGGAUGAGAUGUUGCCGUACUUGACCGAGCAGUGGGGAAACCCACACUCGCGAACUCAUGCCUACGGCUGGGAGAGUGAACAAGCUAUGGAACUAGCGAGACAGAGAAUUGCUGACCUGAUUUGUGCUGAUCCACGAGAAAUUAUUUUCACAUCUGGAGCAACGGAGUCCAAUAACAUUUCAGUAAAGGGAGUUGCCAGGUUCUAUGCAAGCAAGAAAAAACACAUCAUCACUACUCAGACGGAACACAAGUGUGUGCUGGAUUCUUGUCGGGCGUUGGAGGGAGAGGGCUUUGAUGUCACAUACUUGCCAGUGAACAGCGGAGGCCUGAUAAACCUGGAGGAAUUGGAGAAGAGCAUCACACCCGAGACAGCUCUAGUGUCGAUAAUGACUGUAAACAACGAGAUCGGCGUCAUCCAGCCCGUAGCAGAGAUUGGAAGACUUUGCAAAUCGAAGAAAGUGUUUUUCCACACUGAUGCUGCUCAGGCUGUGGGGAAGAUUCCUAUUGAUGUAAAUAAACAGAAUAUAGACCUGAUGUCAAUCAGUGGACACAAAAUUUAUGGACCAAAAGGAGUGGGAGCGUUGUACGUGCGACGAAGACCACGCGUGAGGUUGGAACCUCUGCAGAGUGGCGGAGGACAAGAACGUGGCUUGAGGAGUGGCACAGUCCCCACUCCCCUGGCUGUGGGCAUAGGAGCAGCAUGUCAUAUCGCCAGCCAGGAGAUGGAAUAUGAUCAUGCCUGGAUGGAAUUGUUAUCAAGCUGUUUGAUCAACAAGAUUAUGUCAGAAUUACCGGACGUAAUAAGGAAUGGUGACCCAGAUCAUUGUUACCCUGGCUGUGUGAACCUCUCAUUUGCUUAUGUUGAAGGCGAGUCCCUCUUGAUGGCUCUGAAAGAUGUGGCCCUGUCCAGUGGCAGCGCUUGUACUUCUGCCUCUCUUGAGCCAUCAUAUGUACUGCGAGCCAUCGGCACUGAUGAGGAUCUGGCUCACUCAUCCAUCAGAUUCGGAUGUGGCAGGUUUACCACAAUUGAAGAGGUAGACUACACAGCCGAGAGGACCAUCAAACACGUCAAGAGGCUUCGAGAAAUGAGUCCUCUAUGGGAGAUGGCACAAGAAGGUAUCGACUUGAAAUCCAUCAAAUGGAGUCAACAUUAGUUCCAGUUAAAAAACGUUCAGAUGGAAACGAAAAAUACAUUAUUCUCUACUACUUGAUAAGUUAUUUGUGCAAGAAGAUAUUUGUUUCACAAUUAUUAUGGCUUAUAAAUUAAAUAGAAAUUGUUCCAUCAGCAUUGUAUGACUUAAAGAAAUAAAUUUAAAUAAUUAGGUCUAUACAAAUAAUUUAUAGACGUUAAAACAUGUAAUAUAAUAUUGCUUAAUUUGUUGCAGAAAUAAACUUGAUAUAUUUUAGUGUG